CACCCAAUCUUCCCUUUCAUACUUGUGUUUUCAGUUGCUUUUCUCAGGGUGGUGCUUUCUGGUGACCAGCAUCUCUAUUGCUCUAGGGAUUCAUAAAUUGAUCAUUAAUAUUCCUCGUCUGCAGCCUUGUUGCAAGGUAAUGCAUUUCUACCACAGUGGGAACUUAAAUCCAAAACCCCUGGCUUCAAGGGCCAGCAACUUAUCUAUCAGGCACAGGGGCUUCUUUUUUGAUAGCUCCCAAGACAGACAGGAGUUCCCUAACAGUGUCCAUCUGUUCUCAAAACAAGGACUGACAGCAAACACUUUUCUCCUGACACCUCAUAAGAAGGGCUGCUUCCUGGGUCAGACCAUAGAUCCUUCUUGCUCAGUCUCCUGUGUCGCACGGUGCUAAACAGGAGAUGCUAAAAGGCAGAGCAAACAGGAUCACACCAGCGUUUUUUGCAUGGUUCCUCUCCCUCUUGCAGCCUCCAGGGUUUAGGGUCAGAGCAGUUCUGAUUCAGGGGCUAUCUUCUCUGCAGCAGGGGCAGGCAAUUAUUUUGGCUGGAGGGCUGCUUCACGAGUUUUGGUGAGUGGUCGAGGGCUGCAUGGGUAGCCCUGCCCCUUGACACUUGCCCCAUCCCCUGGUUUCCAUCUUGAGACUGGAAGUGCCACCUCCUAACCCCUGACCUUUGCCACCUGUGGUCCCUCCCUUUGCCCCCAGAAGUACUCCUUCGGGGAGGGCUGUGGCCUUGGAACCAGAUGUUACAUCCUGUCACAUGGUCUGUGUCAUAUGACCCACCCACCCAACACCAACCCUUGCCCUGCUUGCCACAUCUGUCCCAGAAUCCCCUGCCCUCAUCACAUGACCCCUGACAUCAGCAGGUCAACCCCUUGACUAGGAAACCCUGCCCCACACAGGGCGAACCCCCGCACAGUGCAUGGCCUGCUCCCAGGGCCCAGGAGUGCUGCCCUCUGGGCCAUGAGGCACAGGCACAGCUUAGCAGGUAGCAAGAGGCAGUGACCCCUCUAACAUCCUGCCCCAGCGCUGGGGUGUCAGGGGCAUCAGAGCUCCCCCAGAAGAGAGCCAAACUAACUGAAUCAAGGACUACACACACAAAAUAUUUCAGAAAAAUGCAUUUUAACAAAGUAUAGAUAAAGUAUCAUAUACUACAAAUCACGCAUCUACUACAACAGAUUUUAAUUUUAUUUUUAAAAAUAAUGUGGAUAGUGUAUGUGAAGAUGAUUAACUUAAAGACAAACUAAGAAACUCAGUGUGAACAAUGAAGCCUUUUAUGUUCGUUAACCAGAAAAUCAAAGUCAGGCGUCAUCUCGGUCGUUGCAAUGCAGAGCACUGCUGCAAGGUAGUCAUCACUCAUUGAAGAUCUCAGGUUUGAAUUGUUGAUUUUCAUUACAUAAAAUGGCUGCUCACAUACAUAAGUUGAACCAAACAGCACAAGCAUCUUCCAGGCAUGAGCCUUCAUCUUUGGAAACUUCUGUUGAUUGAGAGAGGCAGAAAAGCAAGAGCAGACCUCCCUUCCCCGCUGCAGGGAGCUGAGCGGCGUGGCCAGGCCCCGGCAGGACGCUGUGAUUAGGGAGGGGCGCCCCUCCCCCUGCUUGAUAACAGAGCAUUGAUCAGCUCCCAUGCACUCUCUCAUGGGAGUCCUAGGCAGGGACAUCCCAGCAGCCACACCCAAGCGCUGCCAUUGCCAAUGGCCACCCACAAGUACAUGCCCACAAGUAGUUCAAGAGGCUCGUAGGGGCUGAGCUUCUCCGAGAGGGGAAGGAGAUGCAGACGUGGGGUGCAGCGAUCACUGGGUAGCUACAAACAGCCGGGCAGGGAUGAGAGGAGCUAAACAAGAGCUUCCUAUGUAGAGCAGUAAGGACGUUGUGGAGAAACAGCCCUGUGAAAUGGACAUUUAUGCAGCGCCUCCGUGUGAGGGAAUGACUGCCCUGCCCACAUGCAGGUCCAUCCCAGGGGGCACGUGAGGGGGCCGAGCUGGAAAGGGAUGUGACCCUGGCGGAUGGAGGGGCUGGCCAUGGUGGAGCGCAGCGUGGCGCAUCGCCGCAGCAGUGCUUGUAUCAUUGUGCCGGCGCCCGGGAGUUGCAGGCAGUUGCCGUCGGCAGCUGGAGUGGUGCUGACGGCUGCCCCGUGUCUGGGCAGGGACAGGUGAGUGGGACAUGGGGGAAGCUGCCCCUCUCCUGCCCCCCCGCGGUGCACAAGGAUCCCAGGGAGGAGGCGUCUUGCCACACUCGAAUGUCCGCGUGAGUCUUCACUGACACACGGGACCCAGCGCUGUCCUGCUCCUGACCUGACUCAAUGACAAUACAUAGGGGGCGUGUUUGCGCCAGUGCGGCCCCUGGUCGGCUGCGCUCACUGCUUAAGUGAUGGGCAGGGGGACAGGCGGGAGUGACGGUGCCCCCCCUGCAAGCGGUGACCGAUCGCUGGAUGUGCUCCCAGAAGUGGCUGCAGCAAUCGGCCGCGGGGGAACUCCCUCUGGGCAGCGAUAUUGGCUGCAGGGGGGACCCCCACUCUCUGCUACGAUACUGGUCACAGGGGGGGCAUGUGUCCCCCUGACUAAGGUGGCACCGGUUCCCCAUGACCUGACUUGAUAACAUUUCCACAACUUCCCAGUCUCAUGGGUCCAUGGGGUUUACUGGGACCUCAUCUUGCAAUUUUUACUCAGCAAAACGCUCCUUACAUCACAGUUUGAGAAAGGCCUGGACAACUGGCUGGUCCCUUUUCCUACUCCUUUUCUUACUUUCUUUUAAGGCCAGGCGAGAGGAUCAUCAAGCCAUGCUCAGCCUAGGUGGCCCCCGCAGAAAGUCUGUUUCCGUUUCCUUGGUCUGCAGGAACCAGGACCAGACUUUUCCAGGUCUGUUUAAAAAAAACCAGGACAGCCAAGUGUGUGCACCAGGCGAGGAGAGCACCUUAAGCAACAGAGAUCACAGCUCCAAAUGAUGGAGGUUGUCGUAGAAAAUCCUCCUCCUAUUAUUUCUUCCACAUUUUCACAACCUCAGCCUCGCCCCUGAGCAUGUAGCCUAUUUCCAUCACUUGACACACAGGUGUGUUGCUCACAUGAGAUCCUUCCUCACUGAGCUCACUUCAGGAUUCAUUUCCCUAUUUAAAUCAGGCUCAGGGUGCUUGAGUUUUUCAUGCAAACUUGUGAGACUUCAUGGCACUUUUGGUUCCUCAUAGUGAUUGCCUGACAGCGGCUGGAGAAGGACAACAAAGCCAGUCCAGAGGAGGAUUUGUCCUAGAGAUCACUCAGCUGAAGGGGAGCAGGUAAGGCUUGGGUAAAUGGACAAACCACCCUGAGGCUCACAACCUUGUGGAGGUGGCAAGGAAGCGAGGGUCUCUUCUGAUUUCAGGCCCAGGUCCUGCAGGUCAGAAACAGGUAAAGACUAAUUCUGCAUCCACAGAAGACCUGCCUUGAGAGUAACCUUUCCUACCAGCUCCACAUGUAGCAGGAAGGAGCUGGGCAUGGUCCAGAGGCAACACUCUGAAUUGGACAGGAUAAGAAAUGUUUGUGUUUUAACCCUGUGUGUGUUUCAUAUCUCUGAUUCAGACAGGUUUUUCCUCAACUGUGAACCUGAAGCCACCAAAUGGUUCCUGAUGCAGGAUCUCCUUCAGAGCCAGGAUGGAUAAGGCAUGGUGCACAGCCAGUGUAGACAGGAACACUGGAUGUCCUUAGAGUAAAUGUAGCGUGAGAUAUAUUGAUAAUGCACAGCAGGGGAAUAUAUCCUUUCCUGGGCAUCGACAGGGAUAAAGACCCCCCAAAGGUAGAAGACAGGCGGAGAGCAGCAGAGAGGAUCCAAUCGUCUACCUGAAAGGAGCAGGAGUUCAAUUGGGUUUGGAGUGAAGGGCCAACAUGGACAAGUCAGGGAGUGACAAGUCUCCUGUGAGUGGGGAAGCACCAAGGGAAAAGGGCAGAAAAAAGGAGAAGUGCAAAUUCUUGGAAGGGAAGGGGCUGUCUAAAGGGCUAUGGUCAAACCACCCUAGUGAUGUGAUCCUGUAGUCCCUUUUCACCUAGCAGACCUCACCCACCGGCUACAGCUCCUAGGAAGCAGCGGAGGCUCCAGAGAAGAGCGUCAGGACCCCUCAGUGCCUGAGCCUCAAGUGGAUCACAGCACACCCGGAGGGUCUGUGAGCAUCUGCCCAGCAGCGCUCCAUCCCCCAGGGCAAGAUGGACAGGCUGAGGCAGAUGCUGAAGCACAGGACGACCAAGGUGUCCCCAGGGGAGGAGGUCAGCAGCAGGAGACCUGUGCCAGAGGAGGAGAGCAGCCCGAUUGGUGCAGUGGGCACAGUCAAGACCAGGUGGUGGACAUGCCUGCUGUGCUGGAGAGGGAAAACCGCAGCUCCUGGAACAAAGUCCGAGGAGGCAGAGGAGCCCUCUCGGAAAGCAGGGAGGUGGCCUCGGCUCCGGCUGGGCAGGCGGGACCCAGCACAGGAAGAGCACCAGGCAGGGCUGCUGUGCAGCUCUCCUCCCAGGGCACCCAGCUACCAGGAGCUGUGCCCUGAAACCAGGCCAGAGGAGGCGUCCCCCUGCACUGUCAUGGAGGGAGACGCAGCUUCCCUGGGGCAGGAGGUCAGCAAGCCCUGCCCGAGCCCCAGCCUCAGCUCCAGCUCCUCCCGGGGAGACCUUGAGAGCUCUGUGGAGUCCGGGAGCAACCCGCCCCAUGGCACCACCAUGAAAGGUGCGGAGACAGCCUGGGUGCCAAAAACCUGGGGGCAUUGUGCUCGCUCAGACCAAUCCAUCCAUCCCCGGCAUUAUGCAGUUGAAUCUUAGCCAGGACAAAGGGCCUGAGCCACACAUCUCCAGUGAUCCCAGGGUCACGGGCAUCAUUCCCUGCAGGUGGGCGCCGUGUGGGUUCACUUAGGGGGAUCCAUGGUCAGUGCAGGGGCCGGAACCUAUUGGGGAAGCAGGGACAGUCUGGUCCCCCUCAGUCAUGGGGGCAUGAUGUUGAAAAUAGAGGAGGUGCAUGGGGAAGUGGUGUAUGAGACUUGCUCUGGCACAGGGCUCUAGGCUCCAGAAGAAAGAUGAAAGCAUUUCUACACCCCGCCACCCACUUUUACAACUUCCAAGCUGUAGCAGGAGUCACCCUCUCCCUUUUCAUCCUUGUGAAGUGAUUCCCUACCGGCCAGGCAAGGAGGUGGAGGAAGAACAGGAGGGUGAAGACCUGAUGCUCCUGGAGGAAGAAGCCCUCACAGACAACAUACUGCACCUCCUGGGCCAAGGAAAAGUAGGAAAGUCCCCUAAGGGAAGUGGCCCCCAGACCACCCUUGACUCCCAACAUUCAGCCUUUACGGCAGUCAUACCACAUGAACCCAGGUCUCCCCAGUGGAGACACUCAGCCCACGGGCUCUGACACAUCCACCUGUGUGUGCUGGUCUGACAGCCAGCCUCCCAUCACAGGUGCCGCCUCUGCUUCUCACUCUACUUCCCCAGCAGGAGACCAGUGCAGGGAACAGCAGCCAUCCAAGGGGUCUUAGUCCCACAUUUGAUUUGGGCAGGAUGGGAAGGUCCUUGGCCAACACCCUGUCUUUCCUCCUAUACCGCUCUGGGGCGAUGCAGGACAAGGAGCAUGGAGACCGCUUCCUUCUCGCCAUCCCCGCACUCUGCAGAGCCACCAAGCAGAGGGGAGAGGACACCCUGGAGCCAGAGACCUGCUAAGUGGUUCUGCUACAGAAGAUCAUGGGCCUGAUGGAGACAGUGACACAGGAUGAAGAGCCAAAUUGGACCCUGUGCAACAGCAUAGCUGCCAUCUGCAGCCUCAGCGAGCUGAAGCCAGCCCUGGAGCCAGCCAUGGAGUCGUGCCUGCUGCAGACCACCCUGAAGAUCUGCCUGACGUCCCCAAGACACAACAGCCUUUAUACCAAACAGCAGAAGCACAUGGAGGACCUGGAGGCCAUGCUGAGGAACCUGUUGGCCACUGCACCCAGCUUGGGCAGGCUGCAGUUCCUUUGGGAGUACCUGACAUCCUGGCUGCAGUCUCCUGGCGCCAUAGACAGGGCGAAGGCCAUGAGAAGCAGCAGCGCCCUUCUCCGCUUUGCUGUUUCCCUCCUCCUGCAGUUUGAGGACUUGCCCGACCUGCCCCAGAUGGGUGACACCGCGGCCCAGCUGUGUCUGUCCCUCAGCCACCCAGCAGCAGACAUCAGCUGUCAGGCCAGGGAGGGCAUCUACCUGCUCGCCCAAAUCCUGCUGCACCACAAGGGCCGAGACAUGCAGGAGGCAGAGGGGCUUCUCCAUCUAAGCCGGGAACAGCAGAGCCAGGUCCAGAGCUACAUGGACCUGGCCCAAGUCGGGGAGGUGUUUCAAAAGAUCUUAUCAGAGGGGCAAAGGAGAUCUUUUGCGCAGAGGGCACUUGAGGGGGUGCUGGACAGCAACAUGUGUGUCAGCCAUGCUGCGCUGAUCCUCCUCUACACCAUGCUGGGGGAAGCUGGCCACCUGAUUGGGGACAAGGAGGAAGAAAUCCCCGCCAGGAUCAUGAGAAAGCUGCUGGUCAUGAAGGGCUUCAAAUAGCUGCCCAGAGAGCUGCAAGGCCACAGCCUGCUGGCAAGCUCCUCCAGGACCCCCUCCCCUCUGCAGCAGCCCAAGGUCCCUUCUGCAGCUUCAACCAACAGCGAGGCUGACAGCACCUCCCUGAGCAAAUGCACCAUCCAGAGCCUCACAGGCAGCAAGACGGCCCCAGAGGGAACCUCCAGCCCAGAAUCAGCCACCACGCUAGGGUCGACUGAUGUGAACACCCCUUGAAUCAGUUAGAGCUAGCCUUCCACCAGAGAGACAUCUGCCCGAACUUGAGAAGUUACCAGUGGGUGAAGACUUUGGCUUAUUCUUCCACCCACUUUGCCCAUCAAGGUGUUGGGGGCAAUGAACUGGUGUCAUGAAUUUCUGACCCCUCAGUUGCGGGAUCCAGGUAGCUCUUGCAGUGUGUGUGGCAUUUUGCAAUCCCAGGCCUCAGGGCUUUUGCUGGUCGCCAGUUGGGGCCAGGAAGGAAUUUUUCCCCCCGUUCUCCUUGAAGAUCAUACUGGCUGUGGGGGGGUUUUCGCCUUCCUCUGAGGUAUUGGGGCACAACGAGAUCACAGCGGUGUCAGUUCUCCAAACAGCAGGACUUACUACACCUGGCCAAAACAUGAAUACUCGUCGGGCGGAGGAGAGAGAAAGAAGCAGCAAAUGCAGUGUCCUAUCCAUCAUGUUAAAUUAUUGUAGCAUAAUAAAGUAAAUAUUGUUUUCCUUUUCUGAUAA